GUAGUUCUCGCGCUUCAACUUAUUGUCCAUAACUCCUCGCGUACAUUUUGUGCUUUUGUAUAUAUAACAGAGGGCUAAUAAUCAAUAAUACCCCGAUCGCCAUGUCCACCUCUCUGGAUGUAGCUCAUACUUUGGAAAUCGACAUUUUCGAUCUGCCCACCAAGGCAGUGAGCUUUGCCCCAACCAAAGCAACAAUUAUUCGAGAAAUCAAAGACAUUCAAAUCAAGGCCCAUGCGAACGAAAUUACUGUCUUGGGUCUUGAUCCCAGGCUGGAUCCCGACUCUGUCCGCGUAGAGGGCUAUGGCCCCGCGACAAUCACAAACAUCCAGACAGAAAUCGUUCCGCGCAAACAGCAGUUUAAGGAUGUAUACCCAGAAGAUGAUGACGAUGAUGAUCAGUCAGACUCGGAUCUUGAAGCUCUUGACGACAAUGACGGACCCGGUAGAGUCGCCAUUGACAAAGCCAAAGAAGAAGUACGGAUCGCCGAGUGGGCACUAGCAGCUUCAAAGAACGAACAGGCAACUUCGGUUAAACUGCUAGAGUUCCUGGAUCAGUAUGGUCAAAGCCUCCAGGCCCAAGAAGUAGAGGUGUCUAAGAUGAAUGAGUUCCUCGACGUCUACAGAGUGCAACGUGUUUCAGAGAGCCACAGGCAUCAAAAAUCGACUGCAGAUAUUCCCGCACAGCAGGAAGAACUAGAAAAAGCUCGCCGAAAGCUGGUACGCGCGGAGAAUGCAUUUGAAAAGGCUAAGAAGGCCGUAACUCGUGAAAUUCGCGAAAAGCAAGAGAAGAAAGCCCGCGAAAGACAGCAGAAAAGACAGGAAAAACAGCGAGUUCUAGAGCAACGAAGAAAAUUUUGGACAAGCAACGUCAGCCAAGUUGUUAUCCAUUUGGAUGGUUUAUCAACUUCUACACCUGGCUCAAGUCGACGAAGUUCUAUUGUUUCUGCCAACGAAAAAGGUGCUGGCCAUUCCAGCUCCACCUCGUUGGAUGGCGAUACCGUCAGCCUUCUGCUCACAUAUGUGGUCCCUGCAGCAAAGUGGGAUCCUCGUUACGAAUUAAGUAUCAACACACCAACAUCCUCGGCCAAGCUAGUUUACCGUGCAGAGUUCGAGAACCAGACCACCGAAACUUGGAAGAAUGCAAAGGUUACUUUCUCGAAUUCGCAGACCUCCUUCUCUGGACUUGACGAGAAGAUUCCCCAUCUGGAUCCAUGGCAUAUCAAACUCGCAAAGGCAAACCAGUUUGAUACCGGGAAUAAAAUAUGGGCGAAUGGCCUACGCAGUCAAAGCGAGUAUCCCGCGAAAAGCUCAUUUACUAAGAAUACUAGUGCAGCGCCACCAUCUAUAUUCAGCAAAUCGGAAGAGCUUAGACGUGCCGCUCCUAUCUCUAGUACUUCACAAGCGUUAUUUGGAAGUGCUGCUCCCCCAGCUCGUGCUUCAGGCUUUGGUUCCGUUCGCCGUGAUGCACCAUUCACAGAAUCUGCUCCUGCUCCUGCUCCACUACCGCCGCCGCCGCCGCCAGCAGCUCACGUAUCGCCUUUUGGCGCCACGCAGUCCUUAUUUAGCCGUGCACAAAAUGAAGGACUGUUUGGUCAAAGAAGUGAAAGACAGGACAAUACGCCGGCCGAACUUAGUAGAGAAAAUGAAGAAGAUAGUGACGAUAAUGAUGAUGCAUUGACGUUGAAUCCCGAGCUCAAUGCUCUGGGCCACCAAGACUCUCAACACCAGAGCUACGGCCUGACAACAACCUACGAGCUUUCUGGGCAACGCACCAUCAAUCCAUCUUCAGUCAAACGACGCAAUGUCAUUACCGAACUCGAAAUCAAAUCUCUCACACUCUCACAUGUGCUUGUACCUAAACUCCGUCACGCAGCGUUCCUCAAGGCUCGCAUCACAAACACUACAUCCGUGAGCCUUAUCCGCGGAAAGGCCGGCAUGACUGUCGACGGGACAUUCCUCGGCUCUACCACCCUUCCAAACUGCGAACCGGACAACUUCGUCGAUCUCUCUCUAGGGGUUGAUCCAUCUAUUCAGGUCACAUAUGCUAAGCCAACGGUGCGUCGCGCAAGUUCCGGAUUCUUUAACAAAGACGAAUCGGCAAUUUUCACCCGCACCUGCUGGAUUAAGAAUACCAAAAAGGUUACUGCUUCCAUUACCGUCUUUGACCAGGUUCCUGUUAGUGAGGAUGAGCAUCUACGCGUCAAUAUCCUCGAACCGAAGGGGCUGGAUAGGGAAAAUGAUAGCGUGAAAUUGGAUGCUAUCUUGGAUGGAGGGAAGAAGGGCAAGGGCCAAGUUCACCUAGGCAAGAAUGGUCAGGUAAAGUGGACUAUCGACCUGCGGCCUGGGAAAGAUGUAAAGCUAGUUUUGGAAUACGAGAGCCGGAUUCCAAGUGGACAGAAAAUUAUUGGAUUGGAUUAAGUCUGGUGACUAGUGUGGACUGUUGAAAAAUCGUUUGAAUAUCACUAUUUUACUGAAAUUCUUGACUAUUAAAGGAAUCUUGUUCUUGUUUUUCUACAAUAGUUAUGUA